AUGGCCCCCUCUACCUGCUACUGCCUCCUCUACCUCCUGGUACCUGAUCUCUCUGGGAACCCCUCCAACUCCCCAGGUGAAUCAAGGAGCCCUUGGGACACAGCCCCAGUGGCCGCCAGCGAGGUGGUGGCCGCCGUAGGUGGAGUAUGCAAGUUCCCAGGGCGGCGGCUGAGCUGGUGACAGGCCCAAGAGUCCUGCGCGUAGCGGUUUGGUCACUCGGCACUGGGUCCCCCAGAUGGGAUCCUCGCUUCAUGGCUGCCCGACACCAUCUGGGUGGCCCAAAGAAAGGCCCCUUUACAAAGACCCCCACGGAGGCCUGAGUGCGCGCGAGCCGCGGCGGCGCUGGUGUUCGGGAAGAGGACCACGGACCAAGCAGCGCAGCUGCGGACACCCCUGCCCGCGCUGGAGGCGCUGACUAUGUGCGUGCACGUGCAGUGGGACGCUGCCUCUGCCUACACCGCGGCGCUCUUCUCUCUUGCCGCGCCGACAGUGGCCAAGCUGCAGCUGUGCGCCUUCGCCGAGCCUGGAGGCGCCGUGCACGUCGCGCACGUGGUGCGCGGGCACCACGCGCCCUUUCUCGCUGCCUUCCGCGCGGAUGGCCUAGCACACAUGUGUGCCACAUGGAAGCGGCGCGGCGGGCGCUGGGCGCUGUUCGCUGACGGGCGGCGGCGCGCCGUAGCUUGGAGACUUGGCCAGCCGGUGCCACCUGGCGGCAUCCUCGUGCUGGGUCAAGAUCAGGAUUCUCUGAAUGGUGGUUUCUCGGUGCGUGACGCCUUUAGCGGCAACCUCACCCACUUCCAUCUCUGGGCACGCGCGCUGAGCCCGGCCCAGCUUCAUAGGGCACGGGCCUGCGCGGCGCUCCCCAGCCGCCUGCUCUUCCGCUGGGACUUGGGCGCCCUGGAACUCAAGCCCUUGCUGCUGCCGCUGGUGCGGGUCGGCCUUCUUCGUCGGGUGCUGUCAGAGGAGUGCCCUACGUGGGACCCAGGACCUUGUGUCCAGGGCUCUUUGCCCUGCCUGCAGCCGAGGCCCUUCCUCUGCUGCUACCCGACAGAGACAUAUCGGUGGCUGCGGGACGGGUCAUGGCCUGGCCAGGAUGUUAUCAGCCGAGUCAAUGCCUUAGCCAACGCCAUCGUGCUCCUCCCUGACCCUCUCUCUGAAGCCCAUGGAGAUCUGUCCUCGGCCAAGGCCUCCAGCUUCCUGGGUGUCCUGGAGGGCGUCCUGGCAAAGGAGGCACCUCUGGGGCCAGCUGGGCUGCUGGCUGUCGUGCUCUUCCUAAACAGGGUGACAGCCUUCAGGGCUGGGGAGCCAGCGCCCGUGGCAGGCCCCUCGGAGGAGCAGGGCUGAGGUGUCCUGCCUGUGGCCAGCCCAGUCCUGGAGGAGCAGCCAGCUGGUGUGUAUGUGACUUCCUCCCAGGUGGUUGGUGGACGCAUGGCCCUGGUGGCAAGUGUCCAGCCCCUGGCACUCCUGCUGACCACCACGCUGACCUCCGAGUGUCCCCGAGUGUACACCCAGCACCGCCAUGUGCGCCUGGAGGUGCGGGGCCUGCCCUUGAGAGAGGCCAGCACAGCGGGCUACGUGUUCACAGUGCCCGGUGGGUGCCCGCAGGGGCUCGGCCAGGUGCCGGUCCCCACGGCUGAGGUGAGGCGGCUCCUUGGGAAAGGCCUCUCUGGAACCACAGCCAUCCACAGCGGGUUCAGCUCAGGCAUCUUCCACCACCAUGGGGGGGGGCCUGGCCUAGAGCCCCAGGCCCCCAGCAGCUCUAAAGAGGCCGGCAGAGUGCAGAGGCUCCUGCGCAUGCAGGUGGGGUCAGCCAUCCUCUCUUCUGAGGGGUGGGACGAGACUGGGGAAGUCACCAUGGCUGCCACUUUUCACCUGUGACAUGAAGCUCAGAACCCUUCUGUUCCCUCCCCGCCCCCCGGCCCAAACAGCGCGGGCUCCUGGACCACCACUGGCUGCUGUGCUGCCCUGCACCAGGAGUCUGCCGCCGGCUUCUGCAGCCAGAGCGCCACCUUCGCCAUCCUGUUGCAGGUGUAUGAUGCCCAGAGAGGCCCAGAGGAGGAAUCCCUGCUGAGGACGCUGUCCUUCGUGGGCUGUGGCGUGUCCUGUGCACUCACCACUACCUUCUUGCUCUUCCUGGUGUCCACGGUCCCCAAGUCGGAGUGAGCCACAGCCCACAAGAACCUCACCUUCUCGGCCUCUGCCAAGGACCUCCUCAUGGCCAGCAAAUGGGCAAAAGCCAACAAGGUGGCAUAUGUGGCCAUCACAGCUGCCCUAUACCUCCUCUUUUUGGUUGCAUUCUCCUGGAUGUUGGUGGAGGGACGACUGCUCCGGAGCAAAGUGAUGGCCGUGAGCAUGCGCGCAGGCCCCAGGAUGACGCUCUACCACGCCCCUCACCUCUUCCUCCCCCAGGCCCCCAUCGUGGCCACCACCCUGGCCCUGUCCCCCGAUGACUAUGUGGCUGCUGGGCACUGCUGGCUCAACGUGCACACAGACACAAUCUGAGCCUUGGUGGGGCCACUGACACCGGGUCUCCAGGCCAACACCUGCGUCCUGGUCCGCGUGGCGAUGGUCACCGUGUUCAGCGCCCAGCACCGUGCCCGCGUGCUGAGCCCGCAGCCCUGCCCGCAGCAGCAGAUCAGGGUCCAGAUAUGGCCGCCGCAAAGCCCGCUGGCCCUGCUGCUGGGCCUGCCCUGGCUGGUCGGCAAGCCGGUGCGCCUCGGCCUGGCCCGGGCCUACGCCACCGUGGGCCUCAGCUCCCUCCAGGGGCCGUACGUCUUCCUGGUCUACGUCGCCUACAAUGGAGAGGUCCUCGGGCCCCUGGGAGGGAGCCCCAAACACCCCCGCAGGCUUGGCUCCACCUCGGAGACACUGGGCUCUCAGAGGGGACAGGGGCCCCUGGUGCCCAGCCCAGAGGUGGCGUUUGCCCCGGGUAUCUAUGUGGAAGGGGCUUGA